GAACCUGCCUCUCGUUAGUUUUCUUCCUGUUUCCUGCUCGCAGUAUUUGGCCAUUUGCGGCUGAUUAACAGGACGUUUCAAUUCGUAUUCAGUAGCUCAGACAGAAUCCGAAAAAGUACCGUGAGUGAAAGCUACGACACUGCUCUCAGAGGUUGGGACCACAAGAUGGCUCUGUAUCCAUCACUAGAGGACCUCAAGGUCUCCAAAAUAAUGCAGGAUCAGUCCACUAUUGUGGCCAACCAGGCCUCGCCCGCCAUCGAAGCCAAAGCCUUGCACGAUGGAGAUGGUCUGUACCCAGAUCUCCAGGAACUGGGCAGCUACAUGGGCCUCGAUCUGAGCAGUGAGAAGCUGCAGCAAGACUUCUCCCUGGUGCCUGUCUCCGAGUCUGGGGUUACCGGCAGUCAGCAUUCUCUGGGUAACAUGGUGGCCCCAGUGUCAGGAAACAGCCUGGGAUUCCACCGGGCUGAGAUUAAACCUGGUAUCCGUGAAGUGAUCCUCUGUAAGGACCAGGAUGGAAAGGUUGGGCUUCGUCUCCGCUCAAUCGACAGGGGAAUUUUUGUCCAGCUGGUGCAAGCUAAUUCUCCCGCCUCGCUCGUGGGCCUGCGCUUCGGGGACCAGAUCUUGCAGCUGGAUGGGAACACGUGCGCAGGCUGGAGCACCGACAAAGCUCACAAGGCCCUGAAAAAGGCACCUCAAGACAAGAUCUCUCUUAUCAUUCGUGACCGGCCAUUCCAGAGGACAAUCAUCCUUCACAAGGAUAGUGGUGGACACGUUGGCUUUCUCUAUAAACGUGGGAAGAUCAUCUCCAUUGUGAAGGACAGUUCCGCUGCCAGGAACGGACUACUGACCGGUCACAACAUCUGCGAGAUCAAUGGACAGAAUGUCAUCGGGCUGAAGGACUCUCAGGUCGCCGAUAUUUUGGCCACAGCUGGAACCUCGGUGACCCUCACUGUCAUGCCUACUGUUGUCUUUGAGCACAUGGUUAAAAAGAUGUCCUCUGGUCUUGUAUCUCGGAUGGAUCACUCCACUCCAGAGGUAUAAGAGGUAGCUGGUGCUUUAGUAUUUGCACACAGGAGAUCAAGUUUGGAGCUAUAUUCUCUGCCACUUUAUCUGGAAUAAUCCAUUGGAUCUCUGCUCUUUUUUUAAAAUCAACUCCACAUCGUUUGUGUAUUAAUCCACACUUUAUUCUGCUAUCUUGUGGACUUCUCUGUCAUUUUAUUUUGGUGUUUGAACUCUCAGUACAUUAUAUUAGCUACUGUAAUUAUGGACAAACUUUAACAGACCAUCAGCAGCCAAAAACGCAAAGGGAACAGGUUUGCAAGCAUAAUAACCAAUAAGUUCAAAGUUAAAGGUAAAUUUGUUAUCAAAGUAUGUAUAUGUUACCAUAUAUUACUAUCCUGAGAUUCAUUUUCUUGCAUGCAUUUACAGGAAAAUAAAGAAAAUCAAUAGAAUUUUAUGAAAACUAUGUAUCACAAAGACUGACAAACUAAUGUAAAAAGAUGAUAAAUCAUUUAAAUAAUUUUAAAUAAAUAUUACUGAGAACAUGA